UCAACAUAUUAUUGCCUGGACGUUUUAAGUUCUUUCAUUUGAAUCUGCUGCAAACCAAAAAAUUUAGCAUGAGUAGGUUUUUGCUUUUUAAAUAACCUUGAACACGUCAACAUAUUAUUGCCUGGACGUUUUAAGUUCUUUCAUUUGAAUCUGCUACAAACCAAAAAAUUCAGCAUGAGUAGGUUUUUGCUUUUUAAAUAACCUUGAACAUGAACUGUCAGUUAUAUUUGCUGACCAUUGGCCUGAUGGACAGGAUGAACUCCUUCACCAAAAUGUAUGCACUGUAACGGGAACACUCUGCUCCCUGCACCUGGAUCCCCCAUUGACCCCCUGGACUCAUCUGGUCUGACCAUCAAGGGUCAGAUGGCCACCCUGAACUUAAGUACUUCUCAUCAGUCCCUCAGGUAUUCUCUUAAGAGCCUCUUCAGUCCGCCGAGUCUCCUCCUUCUCAGUGGCCAGCAAACAGUCUUCACCUACAUAGAGCAUACAGCAUGCAGAAAGAAACAUACUGAAAGCAUAACAGCAACUUGACCAGAUGAAAGAAGAGAGUAACUAGAAAUAGGUAGGAUCUAGUAUUUCUAACUAGAGUAACUAGAAAUACUCAAUGAUAGUAUUACAGAGGUUCCCAGAUUUUCUUAGUUCCCAGCACCUACUUAGUGUCUUGAUAUUUUUUUUCACAGCACCUUUUGUUCAAAAGAAAUACCUAACUAUUUCAUUUAUUAAGUAGUUAGGCUCAAACUUAAUAAUAAUCAUGUGGUGUCAAAAAAAAAGGCACUGGUUUUCCUCAACAAUUUAAAAUACCCCAAAGCACUCAUGAGCGCCCCCUGGCAUGUCAGCACACAGUUUGGGAGCCACAACUGUAUUAUCUAGGAUUCUUUUUUUUGCAAGUAACAAUAACCCAAAUGACUGGAAGUCAGAAAUGGAAGUGGAGGGUUAUUUUAAGGACAUGAGGGCAGGGAGGGGGGCAUCAGAUUCCAAGGGCAGAGAGAACGGGCCUGACACCUGGAAUCUUAGAGUCAUCAGUACUCUUGUGUCUCCUCUCUGCUUCUCUAGUCCAAAAUGUACAGUCUGCCUACCCUCCAGCUUUACUAGUGCAAAUAGUUCUCACCACAUGGAGAGACUCUGGCCUAGCUUUGGGCCACCACUGGCCAAUAAACUCCAGCUAACAGGAAUAGUGUCUUAUGAAGGUGGGUGAGGGUAUGUCAUCCUCAGUGCUAAUACAAUGCCUAAAAUCCUAGACUAGAUAGGAACAAACACCCAAAAGGUAGGUAUCAAAGGGACACAUUCCUGUUCAUGCCUGGAAUCCUGACACUUCUCUCUUGCUCACUCUCCCAAGCUGUUAUCUCCUUUUGGACACUUACCUCCACUGCAGUGUUACUCUGUUUCGCAAGCCUCUUAUCCCACUCGUCUUUCCUGUGAAGAAUACCAGAGUUCAGCUCAAAUUCCUGGUAUCUGAUCACUUAAAAACAAAAAAAAAAAAACACAUUGCCAUCAAGUGGAUUCCGACUCAUAGCGACCCUAUAGGACAGAGUAAAACUGCCCCAUAGAGCUUCCAAGGAACACCCGAUGGAUUUGAACUGCCGACCUUUCGGUUAGCAGCCAUAGCACUUAACCACUGUGCCCCCAGGGUUUCCAUCUAAUCAAUUAGGAAGUGAUUAAAACCUGAAAACCAAACCUGUUGCUGCCAAUGCACCGUGGACCCUACAGGACAAAGUAGAACAGCCCCACAGAGUUUCCAAGGAGUGGCUGGUAGAUUCGAACUGCCGAUCUUUUGGUUAGCAGCCAUUGCUGUUAACCACUAUGCCACCAGGAUUUCUAGGAAGUGAUUUGCUAAAGCCCAAUCACUUCCUGAGUCUAAUCACUGAGGAAGUGAUUAGACUUUAGCAAAUCCAUGCCCCCAAAUAAUGCUUUUAAGUCUUCUCCUGCUCCGUAAGCACACCCAGUGUACACUAAGCUAGUGUCGUUUUUCAGUUACCACUGACUGGUAAUACUGAAAGUGGAUUCAGACAAGGAAUGCUUGAAGCUUGGUGUGGAAGAAGGCAGGGGUCGCUAAAGACAAAUUUAUUCUACUUUCAGAUUGACCUAGGGCUGGCUCAAAGGACUUUGCAUUUAUCCAGUUUAGCUAAUGAGCAAAUGUUGAGUGUCUUUAUGCCAGGCUAUAUGUACUCAUAACUACUGGAUGAACAAAGAUAAGUUAUUUCUAUAUAGUACUAUAAAAGAGAUGUGCUAAAGCAGCCAGAAAAUGGCCACUUAACACAAGGAUUUAGGGAAGUCUCUGGAUGGUGCAAUUGGUUAACACGCUCAGCUGCUAACCAGAAGGAUGAAAGUUCAAGUUCACCCAGAGGUGCCUCAGAAGAAAGUCCUGAUGAUCUAAUUCCAAAAAACCAGCCAUUAAAAACUCUGUGAAGCACAGUUCUACCCUGACCACCUGGGGUCACCAUGAGUGGGACUCAGCCAGGUGCACAGGUAGGCUAUAUCUUUUUCACCGUCUCCGUGGCUGCUAAUGGACACAAUAGCUGCAAGUGGACCUAAAGUAAAGUACACGCUUUGGGGGAGAUGACUGCCCACUAACAAGUCUUAUCUUAGUGUGGGGUAAAGGAGGAGGGCUGUUCUCUGGCAACAGUACAUCUAGCCCACUCUGAACGGGGCAAUAAAUGAUGUCCAUUGCUUACAGGGGAACUUUCCCUUUAUUACCCCCUUUUACCUUUUGUUGCCCCUUCUACCUGCUCUCUGUACAUGCUAUCUGUCCCGUUAGUAUUUAAACCCAGGAAAGAGGCACUUAGGUGUUUUCCUCCCAAGACCUGAACUGGGGCAUGCUUGGAUGUGAUCUAACCCUGUGGACAGGAGCCUAAAACUUCAGAGAACUUAGUCUGAUGAUGAUGCGUCCUGUUCUACUCAUCGUAUCCUGUUUAUUCUGUAAUCACUCCAUUAGAAGUGUCUGGUCUGUACUCUGCUCCAAACACUCCUUCACUAAGAACUUGUGAAUAUAGUGACAUUGCAAGGGUUUAGGGAAUGCUUCCUUGAGAAGGUCUAAACUGAGUCUUUAGAAACACCUAGCCAAGCAAAGAAAGUUGGGAAGUGUGUUCCAGGCAGAAAAAGAAUAACAUCAAAGGUAUAGACCUGUGGAUUGUUUAGGUCAUGAAUUUGGACAGAGCCAGUGGAGACAGCUUGUCUCUGUUCCACAGCGUCUAAGGCCUGAGUUUGGAAUCCUCAAAUGGCUGGGAGUGACCGAAGUCAAUGGGAGCUGGAAUCAGCUGGAGUCUUCUUCACUCACAUGUCUGGUAUCUGGACUAGGGUGAUUCAAAACUUGGGCUCGGCUGGGACUAUUAACUAGAGUGCUCAGCAUGGGGGUAGCUGGAAGUAUGUGUCCAAUACCAGAGAGUAAAGCCAAUGAAGGCAGAGAAUGUGUCUUAUUUAUUUCACACCCAGUACCUAGCAUAGUGCAUAGCAUGUGACAGGUGUUCAAGAAAACGUGUCGAAUGAGUGAAUGAAUGGAAAAGGGUAAAAAGGUGGUUCAUGUCUAAGGACUUCAGUUUUCUCAGGGAUGAAGGAGGUCAAAUCUUCCUCUAAGAGGAGGUGGUUAUUAAGAAGAGCCUUGAGGAGGUCCAUGUUUGGGAAACUCACUGAGAGAGAUGGAUGAGUAAAAGGGCAGUACGAAAACCUACACGAGCACAGGACUUUCUGGAGCAGAGCCUUCCCCUUGGGGGAACAGAGAUGGCAGAGUUGUGAUAACCCAGGACCAGGUUUUACUCAGAAUGUAGGCAUAGGUUUAGGGUCAUAAAGGAAUUUCAAGCACAGAAAAAAGAGUGGCUCAAGUGAACAACUACAGGGACCAGCUUGCUAGGGAAGUAAAUGAGGAAGCUGUUGGGAAAUGGGGGGAAACAGGGACUGCUGAAGGUCAGGUCCAAAGGUGGAGAUGACUGAAGUGGGUGGAGAGCUGGAAGACUAGAAGGUUGUGGUCAGAAGGUGUGGUAUUGGAAUUUAAGAUGCCUCAUGUCUAUAAAUUUCAGGUGAUAACAAAUUCCAGGGUGAAGCCAGGAUGUGGGUGGCUGAAGUGCAAGUUCUAAUAAGGCUCAACUAGGUGUAGUUCUUUUUUUUGUAGUUCUUUGUACACUUCUCCUGAAGUUGUCAGAAACUCUGGACAUGAGUAUGGGUGUGGGUGUUUUCUGUGAGCAACUGUGUCUUUAUUCCUGACAGGGAUUUUUCUAUUGCAAUAAAUAUCUAGACACUGGCUUACUAGCCAAGUGCUGCCUCAUUAAAAUAGUGCCCACAUUUCUUUGUGAUUCCUUUUGCUUGCUACUCAGAGUUCCUUAAUACUGGUGGUAAUGAAUUGGCUGCAGGGAACCAUUUCCUGUGUUGAAGAAGCUUAAUUAGAUUAGGGAUAUCCAUGUGCCAAGAUGAAAGAACAUUUUUAAAGCAGAAUAUGCAUAUUAAAGUCCAAAUCAUAGUAACUACAAACACUUCUAUUGCAUUUCCAAUGUGCCAGGUGUUGUUCUAGGGCUUUAUAUAUAUGAACUCAGUUAAUUCUCCCAACCCAAACCAAAACCAAACCCACUGCCAUCAAGUCAAUUCGAUUCUGACUCAUAGUGACCCUGUGGGAUAGAGUAGAACUGCCCCCAUAGGGUUUCCAAAGGCAUAAAUCUUUAUGGAAGCAGACGGUCACAUCUUUCUCCCAAGAAGUGGUUGGUGGGUUCAGACUGCUGACCUUUUGGCCAGCAACUGAGCACUUAACCACUACACCACCAAAUCCAAAAAACCCCUGCCAUAGAGUCGAUUCCUAGUCAUAGUGACCCCACGGGUUUUCCAAGGCUGUAAAUCUCUAUGAAAGCAGACUGCCACGUCUUUCUCCUGUGGAGCUACUGGUGGUUUCCAACUACCAACCUUUCAGUUAGCAGUCAAUCACUUUAACCACUGUGCCACCAGGGCUCCUUCAAUAUACCACCAAAAACCAAACCAAACCAAACCCAGUGCCGUCCAGUCGAUUCCGACUCAUAGAGACCCUAUAGGGCAGAGUAGAACUGCCUCAUAGAGUUUCCAAGGAGCACCUGGUGGAUUCGAACUGCCGACCCUUUGGUUAGCAGCUGUAGCACUUAACCACUAUGCCACCAGGGUUUCCCACUAUACCACCAGGGCUCCCUAAUUCUCCCAACAGCCCCUUGAAAUAGGUACAGGCAGUCCCGGAUUACAAACAAGUUCCAUUCCUAAAUCUGUCUUAAGUCGAAUUUGUAUGUAAUUCUGGAACAGUUAGGUAUGGUUUGUGUCCAACUUCAGUUAGUCAAAUGCUUGUCUUAGUAUAUAGUAUAUAGUGUACUUUUCUAGGAAACCCUAGUGAUGUAGUGAUUAAGUGCUACAGCUGCUAACUAAAAGGUCGGCAGUUGAAAUCCACCAGGCACUCCUUGGAAACUCUAUAGGGCAGUUCUACUCUGUCCUGUAGGGUUGCUAUGAGUCUGAAUCAACUCAACAGCAACAGGUUUUCUCUUUUUUUGGUUUGGGUACCUUUCUAUACAUAAAAAACAUCCAAGAAACACUUCCAGAUACACUAAAACACCUUUAAGAGGAUAAUAUGAUAAUAAUAAUGUUUUGGCAUGUGUCACAAAGUAGCACCUAUUUAUUAUGAGUCAUUGUAGGUACCUCGAAUUUUUAAUAUAAUAGGCUUUACAGUGGAUGGUUCAUAACUAUACGGGUUGUAUGCCAGUCAGACAUUCAAAACCUGGGGACUGCCUGUACAAUUAGUAACUUCAUUUUACAGAUGAAGAAACUGAGGCCCAGAGAAGUUAAAUAACUUUCCUAGAGGUCACAUAGCUAGCAAAUGGCAGAACCAGGAUUCGACCCCAGAUAGAUACUGAAAAUACUACAGUGAAGCAGUUAGCUCCUUUCCCUUUUGAAGAGGAAAGGGAGGCUAAUAAGUAACUUGCCCAAGGCAGGGGGCCAAUAGUGGAGCUGGGUGUCCCACCCAUGUCUAUCUGAGCUUUAACCUUCAAGCCAUGGAGUUCAUUUGUCCAGAUGAUGACCUUUAGUUGUGAAAAUGAUCUCUGGCCUCUGUAGUCUUCCGUUGUAGAAGAACCUUACCAGUGACAGGGAGUAGUUGCCCAACACAUGUUUGUGGAAUAAACGAAUGAAGAUUGCUACACUCCCUGGUGUCACAGUUGGCCAGGAGGGUGCAUUUUACCCUUGAGUAACUCCAGAUAAAAGACAGGAACAUGGUGUUUACAUCAGCUGCCCGUAAUGGAGAACACAGGCAGAAACCUGGGGAGAGGAAGAAGUCUGGGACCCUGAUAACAGCGGUCCAGUAGAGCUGCAACUCCUAGCAAGUCAGAGACCCCAGCCCUUUCUGCCUGCCCUUUCUGGAUCGCAGGUGGACAGGCCGCUCAUCUGCUUGCAUCCCCCUCUCCUGCGCCUAGGUAGGCUGCAAAAAAACCCCAAAGGGACCCUCAAAAAAUAUUUGUCCAACACAUGAAUGAGUGAAUGCGAGGGAGGGGGCGUGUUUUGAAAGUCCAGGUUUUCCAUCCCCGCCUGACCACACCCCUGCAGCCACUCCUGGAUAAAACUCUCCCUUCCCAUCGACUGUCACCCACCGAAGGGCAGGCACAGAGCAGCCUGGUUAAGGCGGCCUAAUUGGGCUGCUUGGGCCGCCGUGGCCGCGGCGAAAGGACCAUGCCCAGAUACACGGUACAUGUGCGUGGGGAAUGGCUGGCCGUGCCCUGCCAGGAUGCUCAGCUCACCGUGGGCUGGCUGGGCCGGGAGGCCGUGCGGCGCUAUGUCAGGAACAAGCCUGACAACGGCGGCUUCACCUCAGUGGACGCAGUUAGCUUCCUUGUGCGCCGGUGCAAGGGCCUGGGCCUGCUAGACAACGAGGACACGCUGGAGGUGGCCCUGGAGGACAAUGAGUUCGUGGAAGUGGUGAUAGAAGGGGACGCAAUGUCUCCAGACUUUAUUCCAUCUCAGCCAGAGGGAGUUUACCUAUACAGCAAAUACCGGGAACCUGAAACGUACAUUGCCUUAGAUGGGGACAGUCUGACCACAGAGGAUCUGGUCAACUUGGGAAAGGGCCGCUACAAAAUAAAGCUCACCCCAACUGCUGAAAAGAAGGUGCAGAAAUCCAGAGAAGUCAUAGAUAGCAUCGUCAAAGAAAACACUGUUGUUUACGGCAUUACUACAGGUUUCGGAAAGUUUGCCAGAACAGUAAUUCCUGUCAAUAAGCUAGAGGAGCUCCAGGUCAACUUAGUACGUUCACAUUCUUCAGGUGUUGGGAAACCACUAAGUCCUGAGAGAUGUCGGAUGCUCCUGGCUUUAAGGAUAAAUGUCUUAGCCAAAGGAUAUAGUGGCAUUUCCUUGGAGACCCUCAAGCAAGUUACUGAAGUAUUUAAUGCCUCCUGCCUGCCUUAUGUUCCAGAGAAAGGAACAGUUGGCGCCAGUGGAGACCUUGCCCCACUCUCUCACCUUGCUCUCGGGCUAAUUGGAGAAGGGAAGAUGUGGUCUCCAAAGAGUGGCUGGGCUGAUGCUAAAUAUGUACUGAAAGCCCAUGGAUUGAAACCAAUUGUUUUGAAACCAAAAGAAGGUCUGGCACUCAUCAACGGGACUCAGAUGAUCACCUCCCUGGGCUGUGAAGCUGUAGAGAGAGCUAGUGCUGUCGCGAGGCAGGCUGACAUUGUGGCGGCCCUGACUCUGGAAGUGCUCAAGGGCACCACCAAAGCCUUUGAUACUGACAUUCAUGCUGUUCGCCCUCAUCCUGGGCAAAUUGAAGUUGCUUUCCGAUUUCGGUCCCUCUUGGACUCCGAUCAUCACCCAUCAGAAAUAGCAGAGAGUCACAGGUUUUGUGAUCGUGUUCAGGAUGCAUACACCUUGCGCUGCUGUCCACAGGUCCAUGGUGUGGUGAAUGACACAAUAGCAUUUGUGAAGAACAUCAUCACCACAGAACUUAACAGUGCAACAGAUAAUCCCAUGGUCUUUGCUAGCAGGGGAGAGACCAUUUCUGGAGGAAACUUCCAUGGUGAAUACCCAGCCAAAGCCCUGGACUAUUUGGCCAUUGGUGUCCAUGAACUUGCCGCCAUUAGCGAAAGAAGAAUUGAAAGGCUCUGUAACCCGUCCCUCAGUGAGCUGCCUCCCUUCCUGGUGGCUGAAGGUGGCCUGAACUCUGGGUUCAUGAUAGCGCACUGCACAGCUGCAGCCCUAGUUUCUGAAAACAAGGCGCUGUGCCACCCCUCGUCUGUGGACUCCCUGUCUACCAGCGCUGCCACCGAGGACCACGUCUCCAUGGGAGGAUGGGCAGCAAGGAAGGCCCUCAGGGUCAUCGAGCACGUGGAGCAAGUACUGGCCAUCGAGCUUCUUGCAGCCUGUCAGGGUAUCGAGUUUCUACGCCCCCUGAGAACAACCACUCCACUGGAGAAGGUCUAUGACCUGGUACGCUCUGUUGUAAGGCCCUGGAUAAAAGACCGCUUCAUAGCCCCGGACAUCGAGGCAGCACACCGGCUGCUGGUAGACCAGAAGAUUUGGGAAGUAGCUGUACCGUACAUUGAAAAAUACAGAAUGGAGCAUAUUCCAGAAUCAAGACCUGUUUCUCCUACCGCCUUUAAACUAGAAUUUCUACAGAAGAAUUAUACCAAGCUUCCAGAGUCUGAUGACCUUUAAUGAGCCUUGUCGUGGACAAGCGGAUCAGAUGGCACCUAUGGCAGCAUUAUUCUAGGGGAGAGACCUUUCCUAAGUAGAUCAGUCUAUUAUAUAUGUAAUUCAGUUCUUUUAAAACCUUCUUUGAUAACACUGACACAGUUGCUAAAUCCAGCACUGUGCUCUUGUUGGCAUGGUUCAAGACUCACUGGGUAUUUUCAGAUUAUAGGAGUUUCUUUCUUUCUUAACAGUAUCAAUAGGUCAGUCACUCUUAAAGGUGAGAAGAGUAACCACAGGUUACCUGGGUCUCUUUUCUACUCUUAGCAUCAGAUGAAUUUAAAUCUGGAAACCAAUGGACAGCAUUCUUUUCCAAAAACACCAGAUUUUUGUGAACUAUAUUUUUAUUUUUCUUUAUUUUGACAAGUUCUCCACUAGUUAACUUUCUUUCACUGAUUGUUAUAGGUCAUCAUAUGACAAAUGCCCCUUCAUAUGCUUUCACAAAUAGCCAUUUUAAGCUGUUCUUUCUUUUAUUCAUUAAAUUAUAGUACAGAAUAGUCAAGAGGUUUUAAGCAAUUGCUCCACAGGGUAGUCAAAACCAGCAAGAGGGUUUAUAUGGAAAGGAUUUAGGAAUGAAUAUAAAGAUUGUUAUCUGAGUGACCCUGGAACUGUGUACCUCAUAUUUUUCAAUUAUCACUGCACAUAUCAGAAAAAGGACUAACAUGCUUAAAUUGGAGUUUGAAGUUUUUAUCAUCACUUUCUUACCAUGUGUUAGUACUGUAUUCUCAUUCUUAUAGUAACCCUGUGCAAGAAGCCUCUCAUUUUACAGAUAAGAAAUCUGAUGCUCGGAAGUUAACCCACCUUCUACCUGUAUUGGUAAUCAUUAAAACGAAGCACUAUUGACAGAGGUCAGGUGGGAUGCUAGGAUCUGUUACCCAAUUUGUUUUCUUUUUCCCCAAGAAGAAGAUAAGGACCUUGGGAAGGCUUAAGUGUAACUCUCUGGGUGAAGGAUGGGUCAGAUGACCUCCUGGCUUCUUAAGGCUAAGAUCACACAACACUGUACAAGGCACUCCAUCCCAGGAGGUUGAACUUAGAGCUCUGCAAGCUGCAGCCAAUCAAAGAAAGGACAGACACACUUGCCAACUUGCAUACCUGAUUACAACCUAAACAGGUCCAAAAAUAUACUUCACAAUAGAGUUUUCGUUCAUUAGACUACAAUGCGUCAACAGGAAAGGUGGGGACAGGAGUGAAAACUGCUGAUUCCAGCAAUUCAGUCAACAAAAAACAUGCUGAGCACGAAAACAAUCUUUGAUGGUUAUGAGGGAGGGGAGAGAUGGGGAUGGAAAAACACUAAAUAGACAAUAGAUAAGUGGUAACUUUGGUGAAGCGUAAGCUAGUACACGAUACUGGGGAAGCAAGCACAACUUGUACAAGGCAAGGUCAUGGAAGCUCCACAGAUACAUCCAAACUCCCUGAGGGACCGAAUUGCUGGAGUGAGGCUGUGGGGACCAUGGUCUCAGGGAACAUCUAGCUCAAUUUGUAUAACAUAGGUCAUAAAGAAAAUGUUCUACAUUCUACUGUAGUGAGUAGCAUCUGGGGUCUUAAAAGCCAGUGAGCAGCCAUCUAGUAUACUCCGCUAGUCUCACCCCUUCAGGAGCAAGGAUGAAUGAAGAAAACUAAAGAUACAAGGGAAAGAUUAGUCCAAAGGACUAAUGGGCCACAGCUACCAUGGCCUCCACCAGACUGAGUCCAGUACAACUAGAUGGUGCCUGGCUACCACCACUGACUGCUCUGACAGGAAUCAUAACAGAGGGUCCUGGUCAGAGCUGGAGAAAAGUGUAGAACAAAAUUCUAACUCAAAAAGAAAGACCACACUUGUUGGCCUGACAGAGACUGGAGAAACCCUGAGAGCAUGGGCCCUGGAUACCCUAUCAACUGAGUAAUGAAGUCACUCCUGAGGUUCACCCUUCAGCCAAAGACUGGACAGGCCCAUAAUACAAAACGAGACUAAAGGGGCACAUCAGCCCAGUGGCAAGGACUAGAAGGCAGGAGGGGACAGGAAAGCUGGUAAUAGGGAACCUAAGUUUGAGAAGGGAGAGUUUUGACAUGUUGUGGGGUGGUUAACCAAUGUCAUAAAGCAAUAUGUGUACCAACCGUUUAAUGAGAAACUAGUUCUGUAAACCUUCAUCUAAAGUACAAGAAAAAAAAUGGAAAAAAAAUUGUGCUGAGGAGCUUAUUUGCUGAAAGGUUGUUCUUGGUGCCAUUUAUUGCUAAGAUAUAAACACACACGAAUAAACUUUUUUCAUUGUUACCCCUGAGCUGCAAUUGAUCCAGUGAGCCCUCAAAGUCCAAAGGAGGCUCUUCACUUCUACUUGGGGAGUGCUGGGCCCCACCAGCCCCUUCGGCCCUCUGGGACACAAUGACACACCCUCACUGAAUUUUCUACAUGGCUAUGUUAGUAACUGGCCUUGCCUUCAAGAGAACUUCGAGGUAAAUAUGAAAUGAACUAACUCUCAAUUGUGUCAUGUUGUCACUUUAUUCUUAGAUUUUUUGAAUGAAGUUUAACUCCUA